GGGGGGGGGGGCUGAGCUAAACCGAGACUGUAAGUUACCAAAUGGGUUCCUCAGAACAGAAACACACAUGUGUAAAUGCAGUAUUGUGCAUGCAGUUCAUGCACACAGACGUUCCCAAGGCUGCUUUCCUCCUUUGCAGAGUGCCGGCAAAGCUGGGAAAUGCCUGCUGCACGAUGCAUAGCUGGCUUUUCCAGUACAGCUUCUGGUUUAGGUUUUACAACACGGCCAGCCCAUUCAGGAUGAUGAUUUUAAUCCUGCCCACAGGCUCUGAACCUAGAUAUCUCACGUUACCGACGCAUUCCAUCCCGUGUUAAGUCAGCUUGCUGAAUAAACUCCCCACAAGAGUCACCGAUCGGAAUUUCCUUCCUCGGGUUCGGUUCUAGCUGAGGUCACAUGCGCGCUCCGCCACACCUCGCAACGCUGUUUUUGCCCUAACAGGCAAAUAACUCGUUUAUUGCCCCAAGAUUCAGGUGAGAGGCUGGGCUUUUCCAGCUGCUUCAGAAUAUAAAACCCAGUCACGGAGUCAGGGAAGCACUUCCAGCAAAGGAGCCCUCCUGGAUAGAUAUCUGUACCCAGAGGUGGCCUGCUCUUACUGUUGACUCAGAAUGAAGGUGCUUCUGCUCUGUGCUGCCCUGGGGGCAAUGGCCUGCGCUGCCAGCCUUACGGUGGAGGACAUGGAAUUCAGCGCCUGGAAACUGAAAUACAGUAAAUCCUAUUCCUCAUCAGAAGAAGAAGCUCAUCGUAAGGAGAUCUGGCUCACAAACCUUAAAUAUGUGAUUCUGCACAACAUGCUAGUAGACCAGGGUCUCAAGACCUACCGACUGGGAAUGACAUACUUUGCUGAUCUGGAAAAUAAGGAAUACAAGAAACUGGCAUUUGGUAACUGCCUGCUGAAAUUUAAUGCUACACGUAGCCAGGGUUCAACCUAUCUCUCCUCGGAACAGAAACUCUCUCUUCCUGACAGUGUUGACUGGAGAAUAAAGGGCUACGUCACUCCAGUCAAAAAUCAGAAGCAGUGCGGCUCCUGCUGGGCCUUCAGUUCAACAGGAUCUCUAGAAGGACAGAACUUCAGGAAGGAACAAAAGCUGGUUUCACUAAGCGAACAGCAGCUGGUCGACUGCUCUACAUCUUAUGGGAACGAGGGCUGUGGUGGUGGGUUCAUGGACUACGCAUUUGAAUAUAUCAAGGCAAACAAAGGAAUUGAUACAGAAGAAGCCUAUCCAUAUGAAGCUGUUGAUGGGCCCUGCCGGUUUGAUUCUAGCAAAGUUGGAGCCACUUGCACUGGUUAUGUUGACAUUCCUUCCGGAAAGGAAACUGCUCUUCAGGAGGCUGUGGCCAACAUUGGUCCUGUUUCUGUUGCCAUAGAUGCUGGCCACGCUUCUUUCCAGCUGUAUCAGUCAGGUGUUUACAAUGAACCACAAUGCAGCAGUGUAAAUCUGGAUCAUGGAGUUCUGGUUGUUGGGUAUGGAACAUUAAAUGGGAAAGAUUACUGGCUGGUAAAAAACAGCUGGGGCCUUUCUUGGGGUGACAACGGCUACAUUUAUAUGUCAAGAAACCACGAUAACCAGUGUGGAAUCGCCACAUCUGCCAGUUACCCAUUAGUGUAGAGAUGCAGAUGUCUCCAUUGCUUUGAACAUUGUUUGCACCAAGAAAAAGAAAGAAUUAAAGAAGAAAGCAUGAGUACAACUGUAUAAAUAGUAGAUUUGUAAAUUUACAAGCACAUUAAAAAUAAAUUGCAAUACAUUAUUUUUA